AUGGACUUCAAACCUUCGCAUGCAGAUCACUCCUUAUUUGUCUACAAAACCAAGACCAGCUUUGUUGCGGCUCUCAUCUAUGUCGAUGACGUCAUUAUUGUUGGUAAUGACACAACAAAGAUUAAGAGCACCAAAUCCGACCUUGAUGCUCGGUUUAGCAUCAAAGAUCUUGGUAGCCUAACGUAUUUCUUGGGCAUCGAGGUAUCACGUACCAAAGAAGGUUUAGUUUUGAGCCAAAGAAAGUACACCUUGGAUAUUUUGGAAUAUGCAGGCAUGCUUGGCUGCAAACCUUGUAAGUUUCCAAUGGAACAAAACCUUAAACUUGAUAAAGGAGAUAAGGAAGAACAUGUUGACCCCAACACAUAUCGUCGUCUUGUAGGUCGUUUACUCUACCUUCAAGCGACACGUCCAGACAUCACUUACUCAGUAAAUGUUCAGAGUCAGUUUGUUUCAGACCCCAGAACUAAUCAUUGGCAUGCAACAAUGCGUGUCUUGCGAUACCUCAAAACGAGCUUGGGUCAAGGUAUUCUCCUACCCCGAGAAGGGUCACUGGAUUUGGUGGCUUAUAGUGAUUCCAAUUGGCUUGGUUGCCCCUACUCUCGACGUUCUAGGACAGGUUAUUUGUUGCUUUUGGGUGGCGCACCUAUUUCAUGGAAGUCAAAGAAGCAGUCAGUUGUGUCCCGGUCCUCGGCUGAGGCAGAAUAUCAGGCAAUGGCCACCACUGUGAGUGAAAUUUUAUGGGUUCGUUGGUUAUUGUCGGAACUUGGCAUAAAUGUUCGAGAAGCCACUCCACUCUUUUGUGACAAUCAGUCCGCCAAACACAUUGCUCACAACCCUAUCUUUCACAAAAGAACUAAACACGUGGAGAUGGAUUGCUUCUUUGUUCGUGAAAGAGUAGAGACCAAAGAAAUGGCUCCAACUUGGCUCCACACUCAUCAUCAGCUCGCAGAUCUUCUCACCAAGCCACUGGGUUCAGAUAGGCUACACUCUCUUCUUGUCAAGAUGAACAUUCGGAAUCUCCAUGCUCAUCUUGAGAGGGAGUAA